UCCCAACCAAGAAAAAUACACCUCUAUUACAUUAUUACACCCUAUCCCCCUUAAUAUAACUUUUGUCAUAACUUGUCAGAAAAACCAAACAAACAAAAAAACACAGCUCAUUAUGAAGAGUAGUUGUAGUAGUAGUAAUAAUAUUCUUUUCUUCAUACAUUCUCACAUCUUUCUACUACAACUACUAGUACUACUACUUAUAUGUCACCGGCCGAGUUUCGCUUACGCCGCAGCUGCAUCUGGUAGCCGCGGCGGAAAAUGGAAUUUACUACUAUCAAACGUCGGCAUUUCCGUCAUGCACAUGCAACUUCUUAACAACGAUAGAGUAGUUAUGUACGACCGUACGGAUUUUGGCAAGUCAAACAUUUCGUUGCCCGAUGGAAAAUGUCGGUACAACCAAAAUGACACUACGUUAAAAGUUGAUUGCACUGCUCACUCCGUAGAAUAUGACGUUGCUAACAACUUGAUACGUCCCCUUAUGGUCCAAACCGAUGUUUGGUGCUCCUCGGGUUCAGUAUUCCCCACUGGUUCUUUAGUUCAGACUGGUGGAUUCAACGAUGGUGAGAAAGUUGUACGAGUCUUCAAACCUUGUAAUAAUGCAACUACUAUUAGUACUACUUGUGAUUGGCAUGAAAUUCAAGGUGGAUUAAUUCAAAGAAGAUGGUAUGCUACGAAUCAUAUUUUACCAGAUGGUAGGCAAAUUAUUAUUGGUGGUCGUAGGACUUUUAACUAUGAGUUUUAUCCCAAGACUACUUCAGCCAAUAAUUCAUAUAGUUUGCCAUUUCUUGUGCAGACAAAUGAUCCUAAAAUUGAGAAUAAUUUGUACCCUUUUGUUUUCCUUAAUGUGGAUGGGAAUUUGUUCAUUUUCGCGAAUAAUCGAGCUAUAUUGUUCGAUUAUACGAAGAAUGUGGUAUUGAAAAAUUAUCCAAAAAUACCAGGUGGUGACCCGAGAAAUUAUCCAAGUACGGGUUCGGCCGUUCUUCUUCCGUUGAAGAAUUUACAAGCAGUACAAGAAAUUCAAGCUGAAGUUUUGGUAUGCGGUGGAGCCCCGAAAGGUUCGUACACUAGCGCUCAAAAUGGUAAUUUUUCAAGUGCAUUGAGUACUUGCGGGCGGAUUACAAUAACCGACCCGAAUCCACAAUGGACUAUGGAGACCAUGCCAUUGGCUAGGACAAUGGGUGAUAUGGUAAUUUUACCCAAUGGAAAUGUUUUGAUCAUUAACGGAGCGACUUCGGGUACUGCUGGAUGGGAAUGUGGUCGCAAUCCGAUUUUAAAACCCGUGAUUUACCGACCCGACAACCAGUUUGAUUCUCGAUUCGAGAUUCAAAAUCCGAGUACCGUACCAAGAAUGUACCAUUCAACAUCGGUUUUACUGAGAGAUGGUCGGGUUCUUGUUGGGGGUAGUAAUCCAAAUGUGUAUUACAAAUUCACUGGAGUUCUUUUUCCUACGGAAUUGAGCAUAGAGGCAUUCUCACCUUCUUAUUUGGAUUCAGGAUCUGAACACUUGCGACCACAGAUCAUCUCGUCUUCUUCGCUAUAUGUAUUCGGGUAUGGGCAACGGGUGCCCAUUCAAUUUAAGGUUUUCGGUCGAGUGGACAUAAAUUUGGUCACGGUUACAAUGGCUGCACCUGGAUUUAACACACAUUCAUUUACUAUGAACCAAAGAUUAUUGGUGUUAGCAAGUGAAAAUGUGAAACUAAUUGGGGAAAAAGCCUAUCAAAUCAAUGUGGUCGCUCCAAAUAAUGCUAAAUUAGCCCCACCAAAUUAUUAUCUUCUUUUUGUGGUUCAUCAAGAUAUACCAAGUGAAGGAAUUUGGGUCAAAAUCCAGUGAACAUUUUUUUGUUGUUGUUGGGUUCUUUUUCUUGCCUCCUACACACAUAUAGGAAAUUGAAAGCAUUUAAAACUAUAGGUUAUCAUUUUUAUAAUUAUGUUGGCUAUAAGCAAUUUCUUCUCUUUUGGGGAAAAGCAGUAAUUGUAAGGAUAUAGAUAUAGGUCGUGAUUGUUUUGAUUUAAUGAAUUUGUAAUAAUACUUCAUGUCCUCAUUGACAAUGUAAUUAUUUUGAAGAAAAGGAAAAAAUGGAUUAAUUACAA